AUAUUAGAUUAUCUAAUUUAUAAAAAAAAAAAAUUAUAAAUAAAAAAAUAAAUUAAUAUAUUUUUAAAAAAGAGGCGUCUCCAGCUCGAAAUCUCAACAUGCAGCUGAUGGCCUAUUUGGCAGCAAAUGAAAAAGGAAAAUCAGCAAAUACAGAAGGGGAAAAAUUGCCUGAAUGAACAACCAAGAAAUUAAAAAGUAAAAACUUGAUUUCAGCAACCUCAUCAUCAGUAAAACAAUCAAAUCAUAGAAAGGACCCACCAAAAGAAAUGUCUCGAAAUCAUUGAAUCUGUACGGAAUGGUAGCCGUGGCAUCAAAAUUCACCAACCAAAAUACCUAAAAGCACGAACUGUAAUGAAACCUAUUGGUCGAGAAAACGCAUGAGCAUCCCCUACCUGUUAACGUAGUCAGACUUCCUCAAACAGUAGUCUCUAAUUCCCUACCCAAAAUUAGGUAAGAGACCCAAUUCUAAUCAUAAUUUUUGUUUUCAAAUCUUUUACUUCAAUUAGGUUUAUAGGAAAUUUUUUAAUUUUGAAGUGUUUGCUCCUUUGCUGAUUCAAACCCAAAGAAUUAUUUGUUUUUGCUCGGAAUGAUUUGAAGCUGCUUUCUUAGUGGUUUGGUGGGGUUAGGCAAGGCCAUGGAGGGGACUAAAUUAAUAGCGAUUUGCCAGUUGGGCGGUGAAUUUGAGACUGAUAACGAAGGGUCAUUGUCUUAUAGAGGUGGCGAUGCUCAUGCUAUAGAUAUUGAUGACCAAAUGGAGUUUAGUGACUUCAAGGCAGAAGUUGCUGAAAUGUUUAAUUGCAGCGUCAAUACCAUAUCUCUCAAGUACUUUCUACCGGGCAAUAGGAAGACUCUCAUUACCAUCUCCAAUGACAAAGACCUAAAGCGGAUGAUAAAAUUUCAUGGCGAUUCUGUCACCACCGACAUAUAUGUAAUAAUGGAAGAUAUUAUUCUGCCUGAUAUCUCAAACUUGCCCGCCAGUAGAUCAAGCAGAACAACCUUGUCAGAAGCAGUGCCUCCUGUUGAUGCACCUCUGGCUGUCAAUGGUACUAUGCAAUCAGCUAUCGAACUUGCUGGACCUCUUGAUGUUGUAGUUGAUACUGAUCAUGUAAAUAUCAAUAUUGAUGAGGUACAGAUUGAUCAGCCACUUGACAUUUCACCAAUUCUUCCUCUCGUUGGUUCCAGUGAUGAGGGGCAUGCAAAAGGUGCACAGCAGUGGCAGAAUACAAUUACUGGGGUGGGUCAAAGGUUCAGCAGUGUUCAUGAAUUUCGUGAAUCAUUGCGUAAAUAUGCCAUUGCACAUCAGUUUGCUUUUAGGUAUAAGAAGAAUGACAGUCACCGAGUGACUGUUAAAUGCAAAGCGGAAGGUUGUCCUUGGAGAAUUCAUGCAUCAAGGUUAUCAACCACACAACUAAUCUGUAUAAAGAAAAUGAAUCCAACACAUACAUGUGAAGGAUCUGUGCUGACGACUGGGCAUCAAGCAACUCGAAGUUGGGUGGCUAGCAUCAUUAAGGAAAAGUUGAAAGUUUUUCCAAAUUACAAGCCUAAGGAUAUUGUCAAUGACAUAAAACAAGAAUAUGGAAUUCAACUAAAUUAUUUUCAGGCAUGGCGUGGGAAAGAAAUUGCAAAGGAGCAGCUUCAAGGUUCGUACAAAGAAGCAUAUAAUCAGUUACCUUUGUUCUGUGAAAAGAUAACAGAAACUAAUCCUGGCAGUUAUGCUACUUUCACCACUAAGGAAGACUCGAGCUUCCAACGCCUCUUUGUGUCAUUCCAUGCUUCAUUGUAUGGUUUUCUUCAAGGUUGUAGGCCUCUCCUUUUCCUUGACGGUAUACCUUUGAAGUCAAAAUAUCAAGGCACAUUGUUAGCUGCAACAGCCGCAGAUGGGAAUGAUGGUGUAUUUCCAGUAGCUUUUGCUGUAGUAGAUGCAGAGACUGAUGAUAACUGGCAUUGGUUUUUACUACAACUCAAAACUGCACUAUCAACAUCUUGUCCCAUAACAUUUGUGGCAGACAGACAGAAGGGUUUAAAGGAAUCAAUUGCUGAUAUAUUUAAAGAUUCAUACCAUGGCUAUUGCCUGCGGUACUUGACUGAGCAACUUAUUCGAGAUUUGAAGGGGCAGUUUUCUCAUGAGGUGAAGCGGCUUAUGAUUGAGGACUUCUAUUCUGCUGCUUGUGCACUCAGGCCUGAAGUCUUCCAGAGGUGCAUUGAGAGCAUCAAAAGCAUUUCACUAGACGCUUACAAUUGGAUCAUACAAAGUGAGCCCCAAAACUGGGCAAAUGCAUUUUUCCAGGGUGCAAGAUAUAACCAUUUGACAUCUAAUUUUGGAGAGAUGUUCUAUAGUUGGGCAUCAGAAGCUCAUGAGUUACCAAUAACACAGAUGGUUGAUGCUAUACGGGGUAAGAUUAUGGAGUUGAUUUAUACACAGCGGGCUGAAUCUGACCUAUGGAUGACAAGGUUAACUCCUUCCAUGGAGGAAAAACUUGACAAGGAGAUCUUAAAAUCCCGUUCCCUUCAAGUGCUACUUUCAGCUGGCAGCACAUUUGAGGUUCGAGGUGAAUCAGUGGAAGUACUCGAUAUUGAUCAGUGGGACUGUAGCUGCAAAGGGUGGCAGCUUACUGGAUUACCUUGCUGCCAUGCCAUUGCUGUCAUUAGUUGUAUUCAGAGGAACCCAUAUGAAUUUUGUUCAAGAUACUUCACAAUUGAGAGCUACAGAUUAACAUAUUCAGAGUCAGUUCACCCAAUACCAAAUGUCGACUGGCCUGUCCAGAAAGAUUCUUCUCAGGUCAUAGUAACUGUGUCCCCUCCUCCAACACGACGUCCUCCAGGCCGGCCCACUACAAAGAGGUCUGGACUACAGGAUGUAGUUAAACGUCAGCUCCAGUGCAGUAGAUGCAAGGGACUUGGCCACAACAAAUCCACUUGCAAGGAGCUUUUAUAGUGUUAGAAGAGCUUUUUGUAAAGUGUUAGGCACUGGAUGGCAUCCACAAACCAGAGGCAUCAGAAUUUAUACAUACGAGCUGAGUAAAACCUGCAGCAUGAAGUGGAGGAAUCUGAGGCAUGAGACUCUUAGCAGUAGUUGGUAUUCUUUGAUAGAUGUAAUUCUAACUUUUGAGUUAUUGUAGCUUAGCCUGAAUAAAACAUGGAUUUACCUUGACAAUCGUGUUAGGGAAGGGUAGCACGUCUCUUAUGUUCUUUUUUCCAUUUUUGCUGGAUGUAAACAUACAAGUAUUCGGUAGUGGUGCUCAAAUUUGGUUGGUGUA